GGUGCGCGUUCUCCUCUCCUCAGGCGGCCAUGCUGCUCGCUCGGGUCCUGCGCUCUUCGGCUUCCGCGGCGCUUCGGCCUUUCCAGGCGCGGCCGGGCGCCUCCAGCCUCGCUCCUCGGCUGCUCCCCGCCGCCCGGCCCUUCACCCGCUCGCUGUGGCAACUCCAGGAGCGCAGGCCUCGCCGAGGAGGAGGGGGAGGCCUCAGGAGCUUGCCCUCCGCCCCCUGCGCAUGCGCGGGCCUCCACACUGAAGGCGACAAAGCUUUUGCGGAGUUCCUGGUGGAUGAAAUCAAGGAGGAGAAGAAGAUCCAGAAGCACAAGUCCCUGCCCAAAAUGUCCGGCGGCUGGGAGCUGGACGUCCAAGGCACCGAGGCCAAGCUGGCGCGGAAAGUGGCUGGCGAGACGGUCACGGUGUCCUUCAACAUCAACAACAGCAUCCCGCCGAGUUUUGACGAGGCUCCGGAAGGACAGAAGCCGGACGAGCAAGAACCGGAGCUCACGUCGACCCCGAACUUUGUUGUGGAAGUCACCAAAGACGACACCAAGCAGACCCUGGUGCUGGACUGCCACUACCCUGAGGACGAGGUCGGCCACGGAGAGGCGGAGGAGGAGAGCGACAUCUUCUCCAUCCGGGAGGUCAGCUUCCAGCCCAGCGGAGAGUCGGAAUGGCGGGAGAACAGCUACACCCUCAACACGGAUUCACUGGACUGGGCGCUGUAUGACCACCUGAUGGACUUCUUGGCUGACCGAGGGGUGGACAACACCUUUGCGGACGAGCUGGUGGACCUCAGCACGGCGCUGGAGCACCAGGAAUACAUCCGCUUCCUGGAAGAGCUCAAGCGCUUCGUCAAGUGCCAGUAGACCACCCCCACCCCCAAGGAAGGAAGGAAGCUGGGGCCUGGGAGUCACGGUUGGGGCUUUGAAGGCACGUCCUGGUUGGAGAACACAUCCUUGGCCGUUCUGUGGACCCGACCGACCCGUUUUCAGAUGUGUUCAGGACUGAGUUUAUUGCGGGGAGGUCUCAUUUUGUACACGCCAAGAAGGAAAGGGAAAUGAUGUUGGAAUAAAAACAAUUGCAACACA